AAACUAGUGUGGUCAGCCUCUCCGCUGAAUUUCACUCCUACUCCAGCAGCAGUCCAAGUGUGAACGAACGGGAGCUUCAUACGUGAUGGAAGUGGUGGUGGUUGUGGUGUGCUGCUUGCUGCUCGCGAAGAAAGGUGCUGCCGAGGACGCUGCUGCUGAAGGAGGUGGUGAAGGUGCACAGCCACAGCCUCACUUCAUUCUCAUAGUGUCUGAUGACCUGGGGUGGAAUGACGUCCCGUGGAACAACAAAGCUGUGAAGGCGCCCCACAUGGAAGCACUAGCGCGGGAAGGAGUCAUCCUGGAACAGUCUUACGUCCAGCCCAUCUGCACUCCAACCCGCUCCGCCUUACUCACAGGCCGCUACCCAUUCACCAUCGGGCGCCAGCAUGAUGUAAUCCGCCCCUCGCAACCGACUGGAGUCAAUCUCAGCCUCACACUUCUGCCGGAAGUCAUGAAGGACCUGGGUUAUUCGACACACGCCGUGGGGAAGUGGCACCUUGGCUUCUGUUCCUGGGACUACACCCCUACGGAGCGAGGGUUCGAUACCUUCUAUGGAUACUAUACCGGUUCUGAGGACUACUUCACCCAUAAGAGGAGUUGGACAUUAAGAGAGCGAAAUAAAGACAGCACCACCACUACCACCAGGAAAGAAUGUAACGACUUGGAAUGCGACACUCCCAUUGUAUCUGGUCAUAAAACCAUAACAAGAUCAUUUCUUGAUCUUAGAAAUAACGAAACUCCAGAUCAACACCAAGAAGGGACUUAUUCCUCGGGCCUCUUUGCCUCUAGAGUGGAGGAGCUGCUGGCAAGAGAUCCCCAAGUGCCUCUGUUCCUGUACCUGCCCUUUCAAAGUGUCCAUACACCACUUCAAGUCCCUCCUGAAUACAUAAGGCAAUAUUCCUACAUCAAAAAUCAAAACCGUAGGACGAAGCUUGGUAUGGUGAGCGCCAUGGACGAUGCCAUUGGCCGCGUGGUGACCGCCCUUAAGAACACUGGUCACUAUAACAACAGUGUCAUUGUUUUCACCACUGACAAUGGCGGCCCUACAUUGGAAGCAGGCAACAACUGGCCGCUGAGGGGUAACAAAACUACUCUAUGGGAAGGGGGUACAAGAGGCGCUGCUUUUGUACACAGCCCCCUCCUCCCUAACCCAGGCACCUCCAAUCCUGCGCUGAUCCACGUCACUGACUGGUUCCCGACGCUGGUGCAGAUGGCUGGGGGCGUGCCUCCUGAGGGGAUUCAUGGCGUGGACCAGUGGAGCGCCAUAACAGAAGCAGGACUCUCUCAACGCUCUCUUAUGGUCUACAACAUCGACAACACCACAGGUUUUGCAGCUGGCGUCAGGAUGGGGAUGUAUAAACUCCUGGUGGGGAAUCCUGGCCCUGGGGAGUGGACGCCACCGCCAGAGGGCAUUGCAGACCACCCUAUCCCUGACCCCGACUCCAUUGCCCUAACUCCUGACGGGGACCAAGUAGUAAAUGACAGAGAGAGUAAUGCUAUUGCCACUGAAGAUGAACAGCAGCCAGAUGUGGUGGCGGAGGAGGAGGAGGAGAGCGCGGAGGGGAAUAAGAUGGACUAUUCAGAGCCUCAUGUCUUUGGAGAGGAAGUGAGUCGUCUGCUGCUGGAGAUGAGUGGAAGGAACGACACCCAAUUACGACUCUACAACCUGAACAGUGACCCUCUGGAGCAGCACAACGUGGCCGCCACCAGCACGCAAGUGGUCAAGGUGAUGGUGACGCUUCUGAAGAGCUACAUGUUUGAAUAUUCCCCCGCUGACUCUCCUCAUAAUGCACAAGAUGCGAACCCUCAGAACUUUGAUGGAGUGUGGUCCCCUGGCUGGUGUUGAAGGGUUGCUAUUGCUGCUGCUACUGCUGCUGGAUGUGCUGAUGCUUCAAUGACGUCAACUACUACUGGUGAUACUGUUGAUGCUACAACUUUGGCUGUUGCUGAUAAUAUUGUUGCUAUUACUGGUUCUGUUGUUACUGCUACUACACCACCACCACCACCAACAACAACAACAACAAAAUAAAAGCAGCAGCAGCCGCAGCAGCCGAAACAACAACAACUACAACUAUACUACUAUUACUAUUACUACUAUUACUGCUACUACUACUACUACUACUACUACUUAUUUUAUCGCCGUCUUCUUACACUACUUAAACACCAUUUCUUUUUUUUUUAUUUUCUCUCUUUCCCUGCAACCUUCUCAAGUCACAUUUCCACUCUGCAAACCGGUGCCGCCGCAAGAGGACCAUUCCAGCACUCAGAGUUCACAGCAGAAGAACACGGAAGUGCAUUUUGAUGUCAUUUUUUGCAUUAUUCUUCUUUGUCUGAAGGCAUAAACUACAUAAAGGAAGAAAAAUA